AUGGCUAUGGCCGAUGUAGCAGCCACCGAGGAAGACGUUCUCGUCUCGGAAGCCCCUGUCACUGCUGACCAUCAAACACAGGCGACAGGCAGUACUGCUAUCGCCAUUUUUCUUCUCGAGGCCAGAUGGAGGAUGUGCCGUAAGGAUGACGAGGUCAGCAUCUUCAGCGAGAGCGAUUCCCUGAAUGGUGAAGCAAUAGACGAGGUUGCGCCUAGCAGUGGAGCUUAUUCCCGCCUCCCAAUUACGGGAAAUCUGUCGGCUUUAAAUUUCAAUGCCAUUGUUGUCGACCAUGGCAUGUCGGACAUUCAGCAGCGAUCAUCAGAUUCUGCCUCAAACACAACCCUUGAUGAUGAAGACGUGGAGAUGUUGGAUAGAUCCCAGGCUUCCAGAGCACAGAAGUCAUCAUCAUGUCCUGUCCCAAAGACGACCCUUGAUGAUGCACACGUGACGAUGGUGAAUAGAGAGGAUGAUGGCACAGCGAAUGUCGACCUUUCAUCUUCAAUAUCCGCUCAUCGGCCUGACCAGGCUUCGCUAGGUGCCAAAUCGCCUACACUGGCGACAAAGAAUCCCACGCAUGCGACUGGAGACAAAGAUACGAUUGAAUCAGACGUCAUGCUUGAUCUCCUCCUCCAGGCUAGGCGCCAGGCUAUAGCCAAGAUGAAGGAGCUCAUCAACGAUGGCAAGCUAUACUCCCCGAUACUACUGAUGUGGAUAUGUAAGGAGGCACUAGUAGCCCAAGACCAGGACAUGCAGCCCUUUCAUGACCCAGUCACGCUCUACGUCGAUUUCUCCAGGAGCAGGGGCCCUCUUAUCCGUCUCUUUGAUAGGUUUUGCGAGGCCAAUUUUGAGCUCGCGAAGGAGGCCAACCCGGAUGGUUGCUUGGCCUGGGAUCAGAUUAAGACCCUCUCCCAAAAGGAAGAGCUCUCUUGCUUUGGUUUUAAGAAGAUGAGCAGCAACUCAAAGGAUUUCAGGCGAGCCAUCCUUGGGAAGAAUAUCAACAACGACUCAGAAGAUUAUGUACGAGCGAUCACUGGGAAGAUGAGGUUCUGGUACGAAAUUCCCGUCCCACAAGCAUCCAUUGCGCCCAGUCCUCGUGCGCCCAAGCAUAGCUUCCUUGAGCACGACUGGGACCGCGCCGGAAUAUCGUCCGCCAAGCGUAGACGCUAUAACGAGAACAAGCCUAAUAAAGGCAUACACUUGAUCAGCUUUGACGGUCCCGAUUCCUUACUUCAGUAG